ACGACUACGACAUGCGAUUGGCUGCGGCACUGCAGGUCUCUUUGUGCGACUGUACUGAGUUCAGUUCUCAUACAGAUCACAAUGGAUGAGAAGCUAGCAAGCAAUGCCUGUCCUCUCCAUCAAUAGCAUCUGCCGAGGGCUCAGAAUAGCUGGCUUCACUUUCUUUUGACAUUUUCUCUUUUUUCCCCCCUAACACUUCGCAUUGGCACAGUUGUCUGCAUCGUAGCCUAUUAGUGGUGCAUGACUAACCCCCCGAUCUCUAACCAAGUGAACCAAGUCAACCAAGUGCUUUACUGCGGAGAUGGUGAGCGUGCCGGGUGGAAGCGUUCUACAGAAUGGGGAGAGGGAGGCGAGUGAGCCGGUCAGGGCAGAGAUGCACUCGGCGCCUGAGCCUCCGAACGGGGAUGCGAAGGACAAACGCAGCAAGCAAAUCGUCUGGAGAAAUGUGAUUCUGAUGAGCCUGCUGCACGUCGGCGCUGUUUAUGCUCUCUUCCUCAUCCCAAAGGCGCAUCCUCUCACCUGGAUAUGGUCCUACCUGUGUUUUGUGAUGACGGCGCUGGGGGUGACGGCAGGGGCCCACCGGCUCUGGAGUCACAGGUCCUACAAAGCCACGCUGCCUCUGAGGCUCUUCCUCGCCGCCGCCAACUCCAUGGCCUUCCAGAAUGACAUCUUUGAGUGGUCACGGGAUCACCGGGUCCACCACAAGUACUCCGAGACGGAUGCCGACCCCCACAACGCCAAGCGCGGCUUCUUCUUUGCCCACGUGGGCUGGCUUUUCGUGCGCAAGCACUGGGACGUAAUUGAGAAGGGCAAGAAGCUGGACGUCAGCGACCUCCUUGCUGACCCUGUCGUGGUGUUUCAGAGGAAAUACUACAAGACUUCUGUGGUGCUGAUGUGCUUCGUUUUGCCCACACUGGUGCCAUGGUACUUCUGGAGUGAGACCCUGUGGAACUCCUACUUCCUGUCCUCCAUCCUGCGCUACACCAUCUCCCUCAACGUCACCUGGCUGGUCAACAGCGCUGCCCACAUGUAUGGCAACCGGCCCUACGACAAGAACAUCAGCCCACGGGAGAACCGCUUUGUCACUUUUGGAGCUAUCGGCGAGGGUUUCCAUAACUACCACCACACGUUCCCUUUCGACUACUCCGCCAGUGAGUUUGGGUUCCGCUUCAACCCCACCACCUGCUUUAUCGACCUGAUGUGCUGGCUGGGUCUGGCCAGCAACCGAAAGAGGGUAUCGCCCGAAAUGAUCCAGGCCCGCAAGCUCCGGACAGGGGAUGGAAGUACCUGAGGCUCCGUCUCUGGACCGCGGAAAGCAGAAGUGUUUGUCCAACCAAGAGAAAAAAAAAUACCCCGUUAUGAUAAAGAAAAUCAAUCAAACCAGAUGUCAUGAUAUUUUAGGAUAAGAUAGUGUUUUAAAGCUUCUUUUCAUCUGGAUGAAAAGUUCAUUUAUUUGCCUUCAUCCUCUCCUCUCCCUGUUCCUCCUCA